AUGAAAUAUAUGCGGGUCUGGGCAGCGCUAGGCGGGUCUAGGCGGCGCUUGGCGGGUCUGGCUGCCAGGGGCUGCGCUGGGAGGGUCUGGGCGGCGCUGGGAGGCUCUGGGAGGCGCUGGGAGGCUCUGGGAGGCGCUAGGUGGGUCUGGGAGGAGCUAGGCGGGUCUAGGCGGCGCUAG